AUGGCGGAUAUGGACCCGCACCACGUCGGUUGUGCUGAUGCCGGGAAGGGAGGGUUCGAUGCUGUCUUCGACGUCGGGUAUCCUCUCCCUAGAGUUGAAGAUAUUCUAGAAAAUUUAGGUAUGUGCACCUACUUCAGUACACUUGAUUUGGCUCAAGGUUUCCACCAAAUCGAAAUGGACCCUAAAUUUUUGGAGAAGACUGCAUUCACUGUCGAGAAUGGUCAUUACGAGUACGUUAGGAUACCAUUUGGUCUGAAAAACGCACCAGCCACCUUCCAGCGUAUGAUGGACCAUUGCAAUGACUACGGUCAUAUAGCGUCGAAGUGUCAAGGAACAGCAUCGAACAGCAAAUCAAAGGAAACCAACAGCAUUACACAAGCAGCUAAGAAGAAACUCGUCAAAGAAAUUGUAGUUAAGGACAAUAAGCUUACAGCCCUAAUAAUAGACACUGGAAGCGAUUUGACUCUUAUGCGGACAGAUGAGUAUGUAAAAAUAGGUUCACCCACAUUAUCGCGAAAUAAUAUUAAGUUUGAUGGUAUAGGGUUGUUAGAAUAA